CUUCCCAUUUCCAUCUCAGCUUCCUUUUCACUCGCAGCAACCUUCGAUCACCUUACCAUGGCGGACAUGAAGCAGUCCUUCGAAUCCGGCCAGGCCGAGGCCCAGCUACACGACCAGGCGGGCCACGCCGCCGGGGCCGUCCAUGACACCGCCGCCGCCGCCGCCGACAGCGGGCAGAUGCAGGCGCACCGCGCCGCCGAGACCGUCCAGGAGGCCGGCGAGCACGCGACCCAGGCGGCGGCGGACGCUGCCACGGCCGCGGCCGAAUCGGCUGCAAACGCUGCCGCCGCUGCCACGGACGCCGCUGCUGACGCCGUAGGCGCAAUUGCCGGCGCCGCCGGCGCCCAGUAACAAACGUUAUACGGAUCUCCCGACCGCCACCUUCAUGUCCACGUGGAUGCAGAAAAAGGAGCCAGAAUUGCUGGGCGUAACGGCCAUCUACGGCAGCAAUCAACUAACUGUUUUCCGGUGCUUAUAUUUACCAUCGGGUUUUUUUUUUUUUUUUGAAACAUUUACCAUCGGGUUGAUGUUCCAUAAUAUCUUUGUUUUGUGUAAGCGCAAUGACUUUCAUCUGUUUGUUACAGUAUUUGUAAUGAAUGACUUCGGCACAAUGCCACAAGAUUAAUGCAAGUCCUCCAUAUA